CUGCUCCUCGUGCCGACUUGGCGAGCAACAAGUAGGGCUCCAAGACGGUGUGAGCGCUCGCGGCUGUACGUGAGACGUCGGUAUUGCCUGCCGCAUUGUUCGUCGUGCUCGCUCCACCCGUUGCCGCUCGACGGGCUGCUUCUGCUGCAUCUGGCGCUCUGACGCUGCUGGGAUCCGUUUGGAAGUCGGACAGUCUCGUUCGGGCUGCGAAGUCGUCAUGAACUGCGGCCAUGUUGCCGAUGAUGCUCUUGACAAGUCGUCGAGUCGCGACGGAGCAAAAGAGACGAGUCGACCAUCAAAGUGUGACGCAAUGAGUGAGCCAAGGCGGAAGAAGCAGAAGCGACAGAGUACGCAGAGCGAUGUACACGCUUCUCCCUCAGCUUCAGCAGCUAGGGGGGCACUCGAAGGCUCCUCCAGCAGCGGCACAGUCACGACUUUGCAUGUUCCCUCUGACGCAUCAGAAAACUCGACGCUCGCCGUUCUCGGAUCCUUCUCUGCGAGCAAACCUCCUAGGAAGCUCAAGUUUGACCAUGUUGAGGAACAGAGAAGCUCCAAGAGUGCCGUCGUAGCGAGAGACGGAGGGAUCGUCUGGGAGAGCAAAAACCACAUGUCGCUCAAUCGCAACAGACCGGGCUACGCUUGCAAGUAUCUGCUCGGCGUACGCAACAAACGCACCAAUCUCGUCACGCUGUUCCCUACGCGACUGCAUACCAUCCAUCAAUCCAUUCCGGCUCAUUCGGCUGCUUUGCCAGAUGAAGACGAGGCUCUGCCUGACCCGCUUGCACGAGACUAUCGCGGAGAGCGUGCUAGUCUGGGCAACGCUUUCGGCACACGCAAAGCACAACGGGCCAUUCUUGCAGCCGAACGCAACCGACUCGACAUAUCAGAGGAAACGCUGGCGACAAAGACGCAACCCUACCUCGCACCUGAGCUGCUCAGAGAUGAUGAGGAUGAAGUUGCGCAAGAGGCCAAGGCCGCUCUUGUCAAGGCAGCCCAGGAAGACGCCGCCCUCAUUCCACCUUUCGAUCGUGAAGCGACGGAAGUAGACCAGAUUUACCCCAUGUCAACGCUCAUGCCGGAUGAAGAGUUCAAGGCGAUAGACUACAGAGUGUUUGGCCAGGCUGAGAAGAUCGAGGAACGUCUAGCACUCCUGCCAACGCUCAAAUCCGAAUUCGUCACCAGGCGGCUGCGUGCUGUCUUGCCAGAAGGUCGUCGCAACAAGCUCAGUAGUGCAGAGAAAAGGCGGAUCCGUCAGGUCGUCUACUUGUCCUGCCUGCAUGCUUUCCGUUCAGGCCAAAGUGUAGGCAAAGAUGCAGUCGCCAACCGCUUAGGCUUGUUCGGCAAUCCCAUGCUCGUCGAGCGCUUCAUCGAACGUUUCACAGAGAAAGGCAGAUCAGGCGGUCCACAAAUGACAAAGGCAUCCCAAAAGAAGCUCAACAACUGGAUCCUCGUCUGCUGCCUUGUCAUCGAUGACUUCGAUCUCGACGUGCAGAGUAUGGCCGACGAUUUUGGCAUCAGCGCAAAGAAGAUGACACUCUCGCUCUCUGCUCUGGGCUGCAAGAUCGUCAAGCCAAACGCUGCGGAUAUCGUCCGACUUAGAACUCGUGUCGGUACUCACGGACAGCCUUUCAACGAGUCGUCUCGUCGCGCGGUCCUCCUCGCACCCCUCACGUUCCCAGAGCUGCGGCGCGGUGGACCCAUACAGCGCUAGACCUUAAUGCAUUUGCACUUAGGACAAAUAGUC